AUGAUAACAUCUCGUUUCCCCCUCUCUUUCUUUAUACUUCUCCUUCAAUUCACCGCCUUUGCAUCUUCUUCCAACCUCACCCACAUUCUCCAGGAUGUUCUGAGGGCGGUGUCGGCGAAACAGAAGUGGGAUUCGAAUGACGUGAGAGUGGCCAAGUUGGAUAUCGGAAAGGUCAGGUUCGGGACUUCUCAGAGCUAUGAGUUUCGAAUCGGAUUGGGCACUGAUAACUUCAGCCUCAAGUUCGCCGACCAAGUUGCUACAUGGAACAAGUUCAGAACACCCUUUCUCGAUUUACCCUCGCUUGUUCAUCGUCUCGGUUCCUUCCCAGUCCUUCACACACUCAAAUUGGAAGGUCCCUUCUCGUUGCGGGUCGAUUCCCUCCACCACCUUUCGCUAUCUCUUACCAUGAAUGUUUCGUACACUGGUUUGAAACAAAUCCUUGUUGGUGAGGGUAUUACAGUAGAAGUUAAAGGAGCUCAAGAAAUCUCUCUUUUUAACUCUUAUGAUCUUGAUCUGCAAAUGAAUGGAAGCGCCAUGUGUAAUGGGGGUAAGAGUCACCGUUGGCCCUUUCUGCAUUCAACUUGCAUGGCUCUGAUUCCCAUACGCAUAUCAGGGUCUGCAUCUUUGGUUGCUUAUAGAGCUCGAAAUCCUACUGCACAUAUAGCAACUACAUUGAUUUCAGAUGAUGCUAUUGAGCUGCUUCCAGAAAAAUGUUUCUACGGUCAUAUGUUUAGAAAGCGAGCAUGUCCAAUCGAUUCCUUAAGUUUGAAAUUAAGUAUUUUGGAGAAGGUUUUGAGGAGUCUUCUUGGCCGUAAGAUACUUCAAGGUCAGCUUUUUGGCCUUCUCAAAGCAAAUAUUAAAGCAUCAGCUGUUGUAAAGUUCCCCUUAGAAUUAGAAAGAGACAUAAGGAAUAAUGUCACUCUUAGUCGUACUAUUCCUGAUUGGAGAACAAGGCCUAGUUUUGAAAGGUUUUGGUUUGAGAUAUUGGCCAGAGUUGAGGAAAACAGGCUCAAGCCUCUUUCAAUCAAGAAAUUAAAACCUUCUAUUGAAUCUGUUUCGAUUUCGUGGGCCAAUUUGAUGUCCAACAUGUCAUAUACAAAGUUGAGACCUGUUUUUCUUUCGCCAGAACCUCUUACGCUGGAUGUGAAAUGGUAG